AAUUCUAACUUCACUAAUUCACAAAAAAGCAACAGAGGAAGAAGAAGGAGACUGGAUUCUAAUGGCGUCGACUACACUCUCCGUCUCCUCGCCGUCGAUUUCUGGUUCCACAACGCCUUGUCUUCCCAACACCACCACCACCGUCGCUUAUUUCAAACCCCAUACCAGAACUUUCUCUACUCUUCUCUUGGGCAAAAGCCUAAGCUUGUAUCGAACAUCCAGAAUUCGGCCAAUAGGCGCUAAGAUUUCUUCUAAUGGGAUCACUUGCCAGGCUUCUUCUUCUGUUCUUCCCUCUGCUCUUCUUUUUGAUUGCGAUGGGGUUCUUGUCGAUACUGAAAAGGAUGGCCAUCGGAUUUCCUUCAAUGAGACAUUUGAUGAGAAAGAAUUGGGCGUUACUUGGGAUGUAGAUUUGUAUGGUGAGUUACUCAAAAUUGGAGGUGGAAAAGAAAGGAUGACAGCGUACUUCAAUAAAGUUGGAUGGCCAGAAAAGGCUCCAAAGAAUGAAGAUGAAAGAAAGGCAUUCAUUGCUGGACUUCACAAGCGAAAAACAGAUUUGUUCAUGGCCCUUAUUGAGAAGCAAUUGCUACCCCUUCGACCUGGUGUUGCAAAGCUGAUUGAUCAGGCAUUAGCAAAAGGAGUGAAAGUUGCUGUUUGUAGCACUUCCAAUGAGAAGGCGGUCUCUGCGAUAGUAUCAUGUUUACUGGGACCUCAACGAGCUGAGCAGAUCAAGAUAUUUGCAGGAGAUGUAGUGCCUCGAAAAAAGCCUGACCCAGCAAUCUAUAUUUUAGCAGCCAACACCCUGGGUGUUGAUCCUUCAAGUUGUGUUGUGGUGGAGGACAGUGCCAUUGGCCUUGCAGCUGCCAAAAGUGCAGGAAUGAAGUGCAUAGUAACAAAGAGCGGGUACACGGCUGAGGAAGAUUUUGUAAAUGCAGAUGCUGUCUUUGACUGCAUUGGAGAUCCCCCAGAAGAGCGUUUUGACUUGGCAUUCUGUGGAAGCCUUCUUGAGAAGCAGUAUGUCAGCUAGACCAUGCAAGCACCACUGCAUAAUUUUCACGUGCUGAAAACCGAAAUAUAGAGAUGCCAGGUCAUGCUUCUUGACUUAGAUCAUUGUAUUUAAAUCAUGUAUGCCAAUUUGUUGAUAUAUCAUGUGUUUUCCCCUUGUAAAUCAAGACGAGGGCGAUUUCGUUUUAUUUGAAUUCUCAUGCUUGACAUGUUGCUGUUUCCUCCCAACCCCCUAGUUUUGCUUAAUUUACUCGUAAAUUUUUUUUCA